CAUAGAGAAGAACCUCCCUCACUGCAACUAAAGAGAGAAAGAAAUGAAGGUUGUGGCUUUAGUGAGUGGCGGCAAAGAUAGCUGCUAUGUCAUGAUGAAGUGUAUCCAACACGGUCACGAGAUCGUUGCAUUGGCGAACUUGUUACCGGUUGAUGAGCUGGACAGCUACAUGUAUCAAACUGUAGGCCACCAGAUUAUUGUGACCUAUGCAGAAUGCAUGAAUGUGCCAUUGUUCAGAAGGAGAAUCAUAGGUUCUUCCAGGCAUCAGAAACUAAGCUACCAAAUGACUCCAGAAGAUGAAGUGGAUGAUAUGUUUGUGUUGCUGAGUGAAGUGAAGAGACAGAUACCUAAAACACUACAAACAUCAAAUAUAAAUUAA